AUGCACGGUGAAGGCUGCGCUGCUUGCACCAAACCAACCUUUUGGGUGGAGGUUCUGCCAUGUGCUGCUCAGAGAGAGUGUUCUGGGGAGCAGUGGGCGGGAGGCGCAGCAGAGUGGCAGCAGGCUGAGAUGGACGGCGGCGCCAAUGUGCACCUGCUCGGAGGGUUCAGGGGAGUUGCGCAGCAGGAGGGGAAGCGCAGCAGUGGCGCCAACCAGCGUCCUCCAGGCGCCGCGGCGGCCUCCCGGCGGGCGAGAGCGAGACGACCCCGCCCCUCGGCUGCCCUCAGGCCCCUGGCCCCGCCCCCUUCCCUGACGUCACGUCGGCCGGGCGACGCGAGGGGUGGGCGUGGCUCCCGGCGCGUCUGGCUGCGUGGCGUCGGAGGGCGUCCGGCGUCGCCGUCCGGGAUGAAGAGAGCGGAGGCCGCGGAGGAGGCCGCGCCCGGGUGUGGCGGUGGCGGUGGCGGUGGCGGUGCCGCGCCGGUGUCCGGCUUCCUGGCCAAGCUCUGGGCGCUCGUGGAGGACUCUGGAAGCGACGCUGUGAUCUGCUGGAGCCGGAAUGGACAGAACUUUAGCAUUCUGGAUGAGCAGAGGUUUGCAAAAGAGCUGCUUCCCAAGUACUUCAAACACAACAACCUGUCCAGCUUCAUCCGUCAGCUCAACAUCUAUGGCUUCAGGAAGGUGAUUGCCCUGGAAAAUGGCAUGAUGACUUCUGCGAAGAACUCGGCCAUUGAGUUCCAGCACCCAUUUUUCAAGCGAGAGAAGUUCAGCUUGCUGGCAAACAUUAAACGCAAGGUGUCUGCGGUGAGAGCGGAGGAGCUGAAGGUCUGCCCGGAGGACUUGCACAGAGUGUUGUCCGAAGUCCAGGAGAUGAGAGAGCAGCAGAGCAACAUGGACCUCAAGCUGGCCAGUAUGAAAAGGGAGAACGAAGCCCUGUGGAAGGAGGUGGCGUCUCUGCGGCAGAAGCACAGCCAGCAGCAGCAGCUCCUCUCCAAGAUCCUGGAGUUUAUACUGAGCUUGAUGAGGCGAAACUGCAUCGUGGGGCUCAAGCGGAAGCGAUCACUGUCUGAUGGUUCGGGUGCCUUGCCUGCAAAAUACGGCCGUCAGUACAUUCACAUUCCUAUUGAAGACUGUGAAACAGCGACUAUUUCUGAGCACCCUGCAGGCUGCGAAGAUGCACUGAUAAUCCGUGACAUCACCAACGUUCCGGAGGAGGAGGAGGGCCCCGGGGACUGCCCAGGGAGGCCCCUGGCUGUCGCACGCACCGUCAGCGGGAACUGGGGUGGCCAGCUGCCCGCUGGAGAAGGCCUCCCUCCCUGCAGAGCGUUGGGGCUGGAACUGCUGGAGGUCAGCCGUCCAGUUCAGCUGGUGGGCAGCGCAGUGGAGGGCAGCGUGGAAGAGAGCUGUGCUGUGGAACCGCACUCUGUGCAGCCCGGCGUGGCCGAAGACCCUGCUGCCGUGAUCGCCUCCAUCUUGGAUGAAAGCCAGGCAGCGGCGCAGAGUGGUCCUGUGCUGGAGAGGGAGGAGAUGCAGGAUUUCUUGAACUGCAUUGAUGCAAGCCUCGAGGAACUUCAGGCCAUGCUGUCAGGGAAGAAGUUGGGCCAUGGUUCGGAAACGCUCCCUGAUCGCUACAGCCCUGAGCUUGUGUUGGAUGGCAACUUGACAGAAGUUCCCGCUGAUCUGGAGGGUAUGGAGUACUUGCCAGAAAAUGCAGACACUGUUGAGAUAGACCGACAGCAGACAUCAGGGAAGAAAGACAUGCAGCUGAUCCAGUAUCGGGGGAACCCCUUGCUCUCCUUACUGGAAGAUGCCCCUUCAAGCGAGGAGGUUGCGUGCAAGAUAGAGAGCGCCAGUGAUGUUCUUCUGGCUUCGCUGGAGGACGGGCCUCCCUCUCCUCUUCCUUCGGGCGGGGGGGUGGCUGCUCAGCAGUUUCGAGAUCCAGCUGCCGACGGCCCUGGCCCGGAGCCUCACGAGCCGCCCCUUCUCCCUGAAGAUGUGAACGGGGAAUAUAAGCUCUUCCCACUCCUGCUUCUCAGCCCCGUUGCAAACUUCAUAGAGGAAGCCUCUGAAAUCAAGCCGCCUGAGCCAGACAGAGGUCUCCUGGGAACGGCUCCUUCCCCGCUGUAGAACGUGCCCGAGGCUGCCAUGCGGGGCAGCAGCUUCCCUGUCUGCAGCAGAGCUAAAGGGGGGGGGGGGGAGGUUGUUUCACCAGAAGAGUUCCCGGGAAGGCAGCGGCCUCCAGGGCCAGGUGGAGGCUUCCUGGCGGGGUUUUUAAAAGAUAGCGAAGAGCAGUUAGUGAUCGGCUUCCAGCUUGUUUUUACAUAUGUCUCAUCUAGUGGCAGGGCAACCAGUUUGUGUGGCUUUGUUAGGGUAGUUUUUUUUAAUCACAAAACUCUUUUUCCCUGCCAUUAGCAACAGUCUGAUUUUUGUAUGAGACUAAAUCAUAUCUUAUGCACUCCUAAAUAUGCCUCUCAGUAUCUGCGUAAACAAGUUCUAUUUCCUAUGGAAAACAGUGUAUUUUUAACCU